AUGUUUACAUCCCAGACGUCGUCGUUCCAGGAUUCCAUAGACGUGGAGGAGAAAGAUGACUUCGACAGCGAGGAGAUUGCGGCUUACGGCCAGAAGACUCAAUUGAACUGCUACUAUGCCAUUUAUCUCUACGAGGGAACGAGAUCGGAGGCUACCGAGGAAAAUGCGGCUUGGAACCAGAGACGUGCAGAUUCCACAACCAGUCAGGAGGACUUUAGCUUGACUCUGAUUGACAGCAGCCUGCCAAUGGAGGCGGAACCGGAGCUGCGCACGUACAUCUCAAGGAGGCUGAGCAAAGGGGCCCUGCUCGGAGGCAUGGGCAACAUUGCCACCGUGGAGCUCAGUCUUCCAGAGCAGGCCGUGGGCUGCUACUGCUGCCUUCUCGAGCAGCAAACAUCUCCGGAGCAACCUGACGCUGACGGCAAUGGACACGUUAUCUGCUUCUUGGGGGGCUCUGAAAAAGGACUCAAUUUAUAUAGGAUGGAGCUUGAUAAGUACGUACAAGGCUUGCAAAGCACUCUGCAAUCAUUCGAGCCGCAAAACUUGGAGACGGAGUUGCGUCCAUAUCUUAGCCGCUGGUACGAAGAAUCUGUCAUGCACGUUUACCGUGUGGUGCAGCUGGUCCAGAACAACAUCAGCUUCUUGCUGCAUGCGGCUUUGAGUCACAAUCACGUGGAGGUCACCAACGCAGAUGACAGGACAAAAGCGGACAUUUCCCGAUUCAUCAAAGCAGCUAGCUUGCAAGGCCUGUCGCAGCAAGACACUACAGCAGCCUCACUCUGCAAGGCCAUGUCAGAAGAUGCCCAUUCCCACCUGACCCUCGACUGCUCCGUCACGCCGCCCACCCUCACAAACACUGUUAGUAACCGUUUCUGUGAUGACUGGAGUCAAGCCUUCUUGAACGCAGCAGAACGGGCAAACCCAUUCCUACUUAGGCAGAUCCUGGAAAACUUCAAACUGAAGGCUAUCCAGGACAUGAAUAGCCUGAAGCGCUUCGUGCGCCAGGCCGAGAUGAGCCACUACGCGUUGUUUCGCUGCUGCCAGUUCUUGCAGGGCUGCGGCAACGGCGACGUGCUCCUGCAAAACGCCAUGGCAGAGCACAGCGACCUGCCCGAAGCCUGCCGCAUUAUCACCGUCCUCGAGGAGUUCCUCAGGGAGCAGUCGCAGGCCUGA